GGCACGACCAACGUUCGCUAAAUAAUACAUGCAGCCAACAAGUGCAUACAAUUGCGAACAAUUUGGAUUUUCUCUCCGCUUUUGCAGUGCAAAAAUUUGCACUACCCUGUAAUCUCUGUGUGUGGCUGGCAUAUAAGGCAGUUUGGCAUUGACUUAGCGUGUAUGUUUGCUCAAACUAACACAUUAAAUACGCAAUUUAUUGAUUUAUCGCCAAUUGUACUUUCCUGCUGUACGUUUUCCGUUCCUGCAUAUUUGUUUGUAACCGUUCGUGUGGCAGUAAUAAAGUGUAAACGACACGACUGGACUAUAACACGUUAUCUGCUACUCGAUAAUCAAUAAAUCUCCGAGGACACACAGGUAAAAAUAUUGUGGAGCUGUUUUUGUUAUUCCGCCGAUCUGUAGUGCAGUGUUUUUCUGCAGUUGUAAGGCCAACUAGGAUCUCGAGCGAAUUUUGGUGCAUAUUUUUGCCAGGUUGAAGUAACGCUGCCAGGAUGACGACAUUCCUACGCUCCAACUCCACCACUGGAGGGACUCGAAACAACAACAACAAUUCAUCCCCCACCACGAAUGGGAUGGAAAUUCCGAAAGAAAUUUUACAAAAAGCUGCCGAGUCUGCGCUGAUCUCUUCUUUUGUGGACCUCCACUUACAACCCCAGUCCAACAAUGGUAUCACGACGCACAGCAUUAAAACCAAGCCAACCCAUCACACCGGACAAACGAGAAAGGUCGUGAUAGAAAUUGACCUCGAUAAAGAAGGAGCAAGUUCCCCGACCCACUGCGCCACGAGUUUCUUCGUGAAAUCCAUCCCCACGACGGGAAUCGCCCCCCGAGCGCUGAGAGAACUUGCCGUCUAUGAAAAAAUAGUUCCAGAAUUGUACCCAGCCAAAACAAAGGCGAGGACAGCACCUGACUUGCUACCCACUUUGGCACAUUGCUUUCUCACCCAUGAAACCAAGUCGGGUAAAGCACUACUAUUUCUGGAAAACUUGAAAGUUUCCAGAUUCCGAAGUUGUGACCCGGACGAGGAUGAUUUUGACUUUAAUCAUGCUCUUCUCGGGGUGGAAACUCUGGCAAGGUUUCAUGCCCAGUCAUACUUUAUGUUAAGGCAGCUCGGUGGCAAGGCGAAAGGUCGGAUGGCUCUGGUUAACAAAUUUCCACUCCUUUCUGCAUCCGACAAUGUUAAAAAUGUUGAUAAGAGUGGAAAAUUGGCACAAGUUUAUGCCUCCUUUUUCGAGCAAAUCAUUCUCCCCGUCGUGGAAGCGGAACAUCCUUCGCUGGCUUUUAAACUGAGGAGAAAGGUGCAAGAUCCGGAAGCACUGUUUCGAAAAAUGGGGGAAUUUUUGGAGAAGGAAAAAUAUGAGAAUGACGAUUUUUACGUCAUCUGUCACGGCGACUACAGAGUGGACCAUUUACUUUUUAAGUAUGAUGGAAGCAUUGUGGGCGAGGAGCCGGUCGAGUGUCGAAUGGUGGACUUGAAAAAUGUCAGAUUGGCUCCGUUAGCGUCAGAUUUGACGUUUUUCAUGUUUACUUCACUUUCUCCGAAGAUGAGGGAUGACUUUGAGGAGAAAUUGAUUGCGUUUUAUUGCGACAGUUUUGAGGCUCAGUUAAGACUCAGAUACAAACAAGAAGGCAUCCAACUUAAAGAUGAAGAUUUCGACAUUGAAGACUUUCACCGAAAAGUUGAGGAUCAAUAUAAACGAAUGCUGGAAUUUGGAUUUUACGCCUGUGUCACGGCACUUCCCCUAAUUUACACCGGAUUUUCAGGAAUAUUGGAAAAUCUUGGAGAAGUUUAUUUAGAGAACGGAACUGGCAACGGUGGGGGAACGCCGACUUCUGGAAGUUCGAGUGUGUUGGAUUCAUUACAAAAACCAGAAAAGUUUACGCAGUUGGCGAAGGAGUGUUUGAACAGUGAUAAAUUAAAGGAAAGUAUUUUGGGAGUUGUUAAACGGUUGGUGAAAGCUAGGGUUUUCAACUAAUUAAUUAGUAAUUGUAUGCAGGUGAUGAACUAAUAUUUUGCUGUAUUUAUUGAUAACCGUCAUACUUAUUUUGCUUUAAUAACUGUUAUAAAAAAUAUUGAAACGACGCAGAUCCAGUCAUUCGUCUACCAUUACUUAAUGCAUAAGUAGAGCCAAGAUUUGUUGGUUAUUUUAUUACUAAUUAAAUAUUAUUAGUAUUUCGGCAAGUAUAAUUUGCAAAUAAUUUCAAAUUGGUUAUCGAAAUGUAUAUUUUUAUAUUUGCAUACGUACAUUAAUUCUUGUUAACGAAUGAAUAUUAAAAUUAUUGUAAAAAUUGAACGCCAAUAGACCAAUUCUUAUUAUAUUAUCUGUA